UUUGGCAUCACUACAUCUGGGAACAUUGUAGCCAUAUGGACGUCACCAACAGGUUUGGACAGCGGCUGUGGGCAGGCAGGCAGGUUGGUUUUCACUCGUGGAUAUUGCCAAGUAAAUUUUUUACCCUUUGGCUGAGAUAAGAAAUGGAGAGCAUACUACUGAAGCUGUGCGUGCCUGAUAACACCACGAUACAACAGGCUACUACUGAGCUUAGGAAAGCUCUCAAGAAUCCUGACAAUAUAUCAGCUUUGUGCCAACUCGUAGUAACUUCAGCAAAUCCACAGGUAAGGCAAUAUGCAGCUGUCCUUCUUAGGAAACGUUACAACAAAGCAAAGCACUGGGUAAAUUUACCUGAAAAUAUACGUACUGAAUUUAAGGCGCUUAUUUUACAGGCCUUAGUAAAUGAGCAACAGAAAAAUGUUAAAAAUGCUAUAGCUCAUUUGAUAGGUAUCAUUGUUAAGCAUGAAAUUCCUACAAAUGGUUGGCCAGAGGUUUUACAGUUCAUACAACAAUUGGUUACUAAUGAAGACUUGACAAACAAGGAACUAGGCAUUUAUACUUUAUCCAUUAUGACAGAAGUUACGCCAGAUACUUAUGUUAUGCAUGCCAGAUCCCUGGCAGUACUUCUUGCCCGAACAUUAAAUGGUCUUCAGGAAAAUUUAGGAAAUUCAGUUUCUUAUUUCAUUUUGAAAACAAUGAAGAAUUUUGUCCCUCUGGCUGAGCACGAUCAAGUGAUGGUGAAUACUUACAGUCAAAUGAUGCCGUUAGUAAUAGCUACGAUUCAGGCUUUCACCACGUCUGACGAAGAACGAGCCACCGAAUGUUUCGAGUUGCUGGAUGAAUUGUGCGAGAAUCUGAACGCUGUGAUAGCACCUCAUGUCAAAUCUCUUGUCAGCAUGUGCCUUGCGAUUGCAACUAACAAAUCUUUAGACGAUUCCCUUAGAGUUAAAGCAGUUGGUUUUAUUGGCUGGUUAGCAAGAACGAAGAAAAAAGCUCUUGUGAAACAUAAGUUGGUAGAACCUAUCGUCGACAUGUUAUUCAUACUCAUGACUAUACGGCCAGAUAAUGACGGUGAUGAUGAUUAUAUUAAUGGGGAAAACGAUAAUAAUACACCAAUAACGGCCGCUACUCAAACUUUAGACUUGCUCGCGUUGCAUCUGCCGCCGGAAAAAUUGAUUCCACAUAUGUUGCGAUACAUCGAACCUGGACUGCAAGGCACAGAUAUAUAUGCAAAAAAAGCUGCGUACGUAGCUAUGGCUGUAUUAGCAGAAGGCUGUUGUGAGUACAUUCGUUCAAAGUAUCUAGAAUCCUUUCUGCGAUGCAUCUGCCAAGGAAUCACGCAUCCAUCACCUGUGGUGCGCAAUGCCGCUUUAUUCGCUUUGGGACAGUUUUCCGAACACCUGCAGCCAGAAAUUUCGCAAUAUUCUUCCGAGUUACUACCCGUGUUAUUCGAAUAUCUCGGUCAAGUGUGUGCCCACAUUAAGCAGGAGAAAAAAGAGCCGCCUUCGGUCAACCGAAUGUUUUACGCUCUUGAAAUGUUCUGUGAAAAUCUAAAUGAUAGUUUGCUGCCGUAUUUACCCACAUUGAUGGAAAGGUUAUUUGAAAUCUUGAGCACGGACACGCCGGUGCACGUGAGAGAACUCGCUCUGAGUGCCAUCAGUUCUGCUGCCUGCGCCAGCAAGGAGAACAUGUUACCGUACUUUGAGAGAAUCGUCACCAUUCUCAAUAGUUAUCUCACCGAAAACGUGACUGACAUGUGUCUUCAAAUUCAAGCUGUCGAUACUCUAGCAGCGAUUGCCAGGACGAUAGGCGAACAACACUUUGCACCGUUAACAGGUAGAUCUCUGACUUUUGGAAUGAAACUGCUAAAAGAGACGGAAGAUCCAGACUUGCGAAAGUCUAUCUAUGGACUGUUCGCCUCUAUCAGUACAGUAAUGAAGAAGGAAAUGGCCAUGGCUUUACCCGAGAUCGUCGAGUACAUGAUAAUGAGUAUACGGAGUUCAGACGGGUUUGUGACAUACGUUAAAGACGACGAAGCUACAGCUUUCCCUGUCUACGAAGAUCUCAGCGAGGAGGAGAACGAAGAGGAAGACAUCGAGCACACCGAUAACGAAGAGGAUUAUGACGAGGACGUUGCAGGUUAUAGUGUCGAAAAUGCCUAUAUCGAAGAGAAGGAAGAAGCUGUACUGGCUCUGAAGGAAAUUGCUCAAUACACAGAAGAAGCGUUUAUGCCAUAUCUUGCAAAGUCCUUUGAGGAAACGUUCAAAUUGACUGCUUAUCCUCUAGAAGAUAUACGUAAAGCAAGCGUGGAAGCUCUAGUACAGUUUUGCAUCAAUUUCUCGAAAAUCGAUACCAACGAAGGCAGGCAGGCAUUGUUGAGGGCUCUUUCCAUGUUAGUUUCGCGACUGGCAGAGUUGGUAAGAUUAGACGAAGAGGCUACAGUGGCGAUUAGCGCCUUGGACGCGUACGCGGAACUUUUGAAGACUGUCAAAUCGGAUGUUCUCGUAGAAGCAGGUCACAAAGACGCUAUAAUGAAUUGCGUGUUCGCCGUGAUGACAGGUGAGACAGAGUGUCAAGAUCAAGAAGAAGGCGAAGGUAUCGAGACUGAGGCCGAACAAGAUGAACUUUUGAUGGAAUGCGCGGGAGAAGUACUUGUCAACCUUGGAAACGUGAUCACACCGGAAGACUUUAUGCUUUUCUUUCAGCGCGUGUUGCCGUUGCUUCUGCAAAUACUGGAAAAGAGCAAAUCCGAGGCGCAAAGGUCUUUCGCGGCUGGCACGAUCUCCGAUUGUUUCUCGGCACUCAAGGACAUGGUAGCGAUGUUUGUCCCGCAACUGCUUCCGAUUUUUCUGCGUCUAACCAACGAUCCCAAUUCUGAAAUUCGCAAUAACGUAAUCUACGGAAUCGGGGAGAUGGCUUUGAACGGGAAAGAAGCCGUUUAUUCGUAUUAUCCCGCCAUACUGCAAGCUCUGUCGACUGCCAUUAUGAAAGAGUCGCAUGCGGGUACUCGUGAUAACGUCGUCGGAGCGAUUGCACGACUUAUUAUCGCGAAUUACUCGAAUCUGCCGCUCGAACAAGUAUUCCCAAUUUUUGUUGAACAGUUGCCACUGAAGGAAGAUUUUCUGGAGAACAAAGCUGUGUUUAGGAGUAUUAUCAAGCUGUAUCAAGCCGGACACCCUGUCCUGCAGCCACAUAUUCGUACGCUGUUGAAUGUUGCGAUUAGCGUAUUACACGAAGAAAAAGCCGGAAGCAAAGAAGCGACGAGUCUCAUUAUCGAAUUUACCAAGUCUGCUCAGCGAGAUUUUCCGGAUGAUUGGAAUGAUCUUUCGAGCAAAUUGUCUGCGGAAGUUGUUGCGAAGAUACAACGUAUAUUUUCUUAGGAUAUUCAAACGAUUGAAUAGUAUUGCGGUGUAUGCUAUUUUUGUUUAUUUAAAUAUCAAUCUGCAAUAGUUCUACAGUCUUUAUCCAAGGUACAUCAGGUUCCUUUUUUCUUCUCUGAAUUUUGUUACAACAGCAAAAUCUAAGACGACAACUGUAUUCUUAAAUUUAUAUUUUUAUAUCCACUUUACAAAUGCAAUUAUUUGUUCUCUUUUUUUUUAUUCUAGUUUCUUCCGUAGAUAUAAUGAAUUUGCAGUAUCUAUACUACGAUAUAUGAAUUUAUACAGAAUUCUAGUCUGUGACAAUUCUGUCUAAAAAACCGAUCAGAAAAGUUGAAUUGUGAUUAGAUAACAAUUUUAUUACUUUUGCGAUACGUCAAAACUAUUUUCCUACUUCUCGGAUCAUAAAUCUUACAUGUAUGAUAAAGCAGAGAAACUCGAUAUAUUACGCUUAUUACGUUAAUCCGAUUCUAGGUUAUCCGUAUUAUUGAGCUUACGAGUUUUUAUUACGUAACUCAUGAUGAAUGAAGCUCUUUAAAUUUUCGAUCCUAGAAUCUCAUCGAACCUGCUGUAUUGUCGGGUGUUUUAAACACACACACACACACAUCAUUCGAAAAUUGUAUAAAUAUGACAAACUAUGUGUGUGUGUGUGUGUGUGUGUGUGUGUGUGUGUGUGUGUGUGUAUGUGUGUGUGUUUGUGUAAGGAAGUAGUGAAAGAAUCUACUUACGAGAAUACCGGGAAUUCACGAAAUUGACCGCAUUCGAUUAAUUAUAGUGCACCAGUCCUUUGGCAGAAAAUUAAGCAGAAACUCUUGGGAAAGUGUUAGAUAAUGAUGCCAUUGUUGCUAACGAGUGGACGUAUCUGCGUCGCGUUUUCUCUCUGUAAACAGAAAUAGUCGACAUAGUAUACUACGUAUAUACAUUGAAAAUAAAUGUAUUAUGUGAAUAAAUAAAAGUAUCGUA